AUGCGGCAGCAGCACGAGGCGGCGGCUCUCCACGCCGUGCAGAGGAUGGAGUGGCAGCUGACGGUCCAGGAGCUGGACCCCGCCGGGCACAAGUCCCUGUGCGUGAACGAGGUGCCGUCCUACGUGCCCAUGGUCGACGUCAAUGACGACUUUGCGACCAUCGAGGUGGUGGCGGAGCCCCAGGCUGAGCUGGAGAUGGACCCGAUGGCUGAGCCCAACAAUCGCUGGUCCGAGGGCGCCCCCCGCUGGCUGCCCACCGAGGAACUCCUCCAGCCCCUAUUCUGGGGCUGCUCGGAUGGCAAGGAAGGGAGGACCCUUCUCAAGGGCAGAGCCCCGGGGGAGGGGGGGGAGGAGCAGGAAGAGGAAGAGGACCACCCUCCAGAGGACAGUGAGGGUGAGGACCAGGAGGAGGACAGUGAGGAACACGGUGAAGAUGACCAGGAGCCGGGCUUCAGUGGGGCUGCAGGAGGCUGGGAGCAGGGCCCGCUGUUCCCCGGAGACUGGGCCUUUGAGGAGCCUGAUCACUAUGACUAUCAGCUUCGGGAGGAGUGGAGCCCCUGGUCUCCCUGCAGUGGGAGCUGCGGCAGCUGCAGCCAGCGGAGGACUCUGCGAGUCCCCCUGGCCUCCUCUCUUCCCCAUGGCACCGAGGACAAGGACCCCUUGGGCCUCCCCAGUGAGGGGUGGCAGCCCCUGGCCCACGAUGCUAUGGACAUGCUCAGCCCAAAUAUGGGCAGUGGUGAGAAGUGGCUGAACUGCAAGAGUGACUUCCUGGCCAAGUACCUGAGCCAGGUGCUGCGGGCCCUGCCCAGCUGCCCGUGCGCGUACCCGCUGGAGGCCGUGUCCAGCGCCGUGAGCCUGCGGGACGAGCAUCAGGGCCGCAGCUUCCGCCGGAGCGACGCCAGGCCGCAAGAGCACCUGGACGUGUACCGGCCCACGGCCCACUCUGCCUGCGCUUUCUGCAGCACGCCGGCCGCCCAGCACUGCUGCUACGAUGCGGGCAGCCAGCUGCUGACCCGGGGCAAGGGUGCCGGUGCCCCCGACCUGGUCAGCACCAACGUCUUGCCCGAGCUGCACUUCAAGGUGGACACGCUGCUCUGGAUCCCGUGUAAGGCGGACUGCAGCCGCUACCACGCGGUGUGGACCCCCAACAAUGGCCGGGCCUGCGCGGACAACCCUCCCGAGGAGGAGUACCUGGCCCAGUUGCAGGAAGCCAAGGAGUACUAA